GGGAAACAUCUGGACCAUGAAGGUGGCCUUCAGAUUGCUUCUCCCGCUUGUUCUUGUGCUGAUCUCGGAGGUGAGCGGGCAGCGGAGGAAGCCUCCCCGGAAACCCACCCGCCCGCCUCCCGAGUUCGUCGAGCCUGUCGAGCCCACUGAGCUGCCUCCACCCCUGCCGCCGGGUCCCCCCUCCGUCUUCCCCGACUGCCCCCGAGAAUGCUACUGCCCCCCAGACUUCCCCUCUGCCCUUUACUGUGACAGCCGCAACCUGCGGAAGGUCCCCAUCAUCCCGUCCCGCAUCCACUACCUCUACCUCCAGAACAACUUCAUCGACGACCUCCCGGAGGAGUCCUUCAGGAACGCCACGGGGCUGAAAUGGGUCAACCUAGACAACAAUCGCAUCCGGAAGGUGGACAGGCGGGUCCUGGAGAAGCUGGAAAACCUCAUCUUCCUCUACAUGGAGAAGAACCAGCUCAAGGAGGUGCCUGCCUUCCUGCCACCCAACCUGGAGCAGCUGCGUCUGAGCAGGAACCAGAUCUCCAAGAUCCCUGCUGGGGUCUUCAACAAGCUGGAGAACCUGGUGCUCUUGGAUCUGCACCACAACAAGCUAAGCGAUGGGGUCUUCAACAAAAACACCUUCAAGGGACUCAAGAACCUCAUGCAGCUCAACCUUGCCCACAAUAUCCUGAGGAAAAUGCCCCCUGGGGUGCCCAGUGCCAUCCACCAGCUCUUCCUGGACAGGAACAACAUUGAGGACAUCCCCAGUGACUACUUCAAGGAGUUCCCCAACCUGGCAUUCAUCCGGCUCAACUACAACCAGAUCUCUGACAAGGGGCUCCCCAAGAACUCCUUCAACCUCACCAACUUGCUGGUGUUGCACCUGGCCCACAACAAGCUCACCAACGUCCCUUUCAUCAGCCCCAAGCUGGAGCACCUCUACCUGAAUAACAACUCCAUUGAAAAAAUCAACGGGACGCAGAUCUGCCCCACCUCGCUGAUGUCCAUCCACGAUUUCUCCCUCUCCAACCUGGACAGCGUGCCCCGGCUCCGGUACCUGCGGUUGGACGGGAACCUCCUGAAACCCCCCAUCCCCUUGGACCUCAUGAUGUGUUUCCGCCUCCUGCAGUCCGUGGUUUUCUAGCCCUGCCCAGCAGCACGCCUCUCCCAGGACUUGGCUUUGCACAGAGACUCGGCCCCCGUCGGUAUUUGACACCUGGGACCCUCUUUGCCACCCUCUCCCCCUGCUCAACACCUCGCCUCCGUCCCCCUUGCCCUUCCCCCUUUCCUCCCCUGCAGUGG